AUGAUAGGUGAUAUGCCCUCAUUUCUCCCCUCCUUUUCUCGUCCCCAACUCAGGGAUCGUCGCUCCUUCGGCAGACUUCGCUCUUUCCACCUUACUCCUGUCGCUGAGAAUUUCCCUGAUGCCGCCAUUGGCCAAGGGUCAGACUCACAGCAAAAACAGCAAAAACCCAAUGCUCUUUCGGUCGUCAAGUUCGAGGCACCUAAACGAAGCCCCCGAGCAAAGAAAUCCCGGAUCAGCAUUAUAGUUCCUCGCAUUGAUUCCGAGACUAUUCCUCCCAUUUUCUGGUUGGGGCUUGCGGUCAUUGUGUCGGUCGUCUUUGUCUUCGCCUUAGCAUGUACCUUUCGCGGCGUCCAGAUGAAGGAGCCUGCGUUCAAACAUGUCUUGGACAACGUCGCUGAUGACACUCCUGGUAUUGUUUUACUCGGUGAAAACGUCGACAUUGAUAUUGACGAACCUUCGAUCACUGUUCGGUGGUCAAUAUUGGCUUGCGGGGAGGAGUAUACGUUAGCGAAUUCCUCCGGAAUCCACGGCAGUGAUCGCUGUGGCCUUCCAGCCAAUCCACUAUUCAUCUUCGUGGACGGCGAUACCAAACCCACGGCUACCUUUGAUCCGACCGAAAUCCCUUUUGACCGUCGUAGCGGUGCAAGGCGAAGCAUCCAGAACCUAGUUCAGUUUGAUAGUGACCAUGUUCUCGAUGUCCAUAACGCCUAUCUGUACCCAUUCGACACAUAUACGCUGUCCAGCACCAUUCGCGCUGUCUCGGCUGCGAAUGUAUCUAUUCCCAUUCGGAAGCUCGCCACUAUGGAACUGACAUCCAGUUUCUUGGUUCAAACUUCCGAUAUAGAGAGCUACAGUACCCUGAACUCUACCACUGUUCUAUCACGGGAUAUUGAUAUGAAAGUGAAACGGCCACCUGGAGCGCGUGCCUACGCGUUGGUCUUGUUCGCUAUCAGCUGGUUCCUCACUCAUAUCUGCCUUGGAAAUGUAUACAUGGCAUGGAGAGCGACAAACUCUCUAGACGUUCUGAAGAAUACCUUAUCGACCGGAGCGAUUCUUGCCGUGAUCCCACAGCUUCGAGGGAGCAUGCCGGAUGCACCUGGCUUAGAUGGCGUCUUAAUUGAUACCAUCGGAUACUUCCCUCAAAUGGUCAUUUCUGGGCUUUGCAUUGUUAUACUCAUGGUUAUCGCGGCUUCGAGAGAGCUGAACGGGGCUAAGUUGAUGGUAUUGCCAGAAUACCAUCCAUAUCAACCUCCUCCCAGACUGAAAUCGAUAAACCCACGACCUCCACCUAUCCCGCCACCUGAUUCACCCAUCAAGGAGAAGAUGGUCGCCGAAUAUAACAAGUACCGGAUGACGAAGCAUCUGAAGGGUGAAUUUGUCUUUCCCCCAGUUCAUCAAGAUCCUUUCCAAGACCCGGCCCAGGAGUACGCUGCUAAACAUACACACCGAAGAUUGAAAACGACGGUUGGGGUCGUCUAA